CCGAGCGCCGCCCGACGUACGUGUAUUGUAUGGAAAUAUAUAAUUGGCCCCGUAUUCUUCUUUUGACGAGCUCUCCGGCGGGUCCAUUAUGUCCGUUUGAGCGCAAACGGCGGCAUUCGGACGCCAGUGGCGACGUCCCCGGUCGCCUGCGUCGCGCUCCACUCAACACCACGUCAAUAUGAAUACCUCCGAACGAGAGGUGUACACGCGCAACUGCACGCCGCCGGCCAUCGAUGACUUCCCUGCGGGUCUGUUCACGGAGCUGCAGCGCCAGCAUGGGGCCAUCGUGUUGCACGCCUUCAUCUCCAUCUAUCUCUUUAUCGCGCUCGCCGUCGUGUGCGACAAGUUCUUUGUCCCCGCAGUCGACAGGAUAUGUCACGCGUUGAACAUGACGAACGACGUCGCGGGCGCUACGUUCAUGGCGGCCGCGACGUCUGCGCCGGAGUUGUUCGUCAACGUCAUCGGCACAUUCAUCACCGAGGGAGACAUCGGCGUCGGCACUAUCGUAGGAUCCGCCGUCUUUAACAUUCUAGCUGUUGCUGCCUGCUGCGGUAUAGGGGCUGGCAUGGUAGUGCCGUUAGACUGGUGGCCUCUGACGCGGGAUUGCCUCGCGUACGGCAUCACUGUCUCCAUCCUCAUCUGCAUAAUGCAUGAUGAAUACGUCAUGUGGUACGAGGCCUUCCUACUGGUUCUGUUAUACGGAGUCUACAUUUGCAUCAUGUAUUACGACAAAUCUAUACAGAGCUUUGCUAAAGGGAGUUGGAAAUGUGUCAGGAAUAUGUUAUCUAAAAAAGAAGAAAAUCAAGAUACAUUCGAUAACGAUGUUAAAGACAUUAAGCCCCCGUCAUCGACGAAUAAAAAUGAUUUGCCUUUAGAUCAUCAUCAACAUAAUGGUAACAUAAAGAAUGUGGUAUCCCAACAUCCUGAUGGAAACGAAAAAAGCAUAACAGACGUAACUCUCCCAGAGAAAGGUGAUGAAAACCUUAAUAAAGUUGUUAACAUUGAAAUCGAUUCCAAAACGAAUGAUAGUGAACCUGCGCGUCCGGAUGAAGGUGUUAAUCAAACAAGUGUAGAUGAAACUAAUAAAGAAAAGGUAGACGAAUAUGAGCAUUCGCUUUGGAAGUGGCCUUCAGGUAGAAGCUGGCUUACAAAGACGACGUGGGUGGUAACUUGGCCGAUUCAUUUGGUAUUUUUGUUUACAAUACCCGAUUGCGAGAAGCCACGUUUCAAAAACUGGUUCCCGUUGACGUUCAUUAUGUGCAUCGUAUGGAUUGGAUCACUAUCGUACAUAGUGGCGUGGAUGAUAACGAUUAUAGGUGAUACAUUAAUGAUACCAGAUUCUGUAAUGGGAAUAACAUUUCUUGCUGCCGGCACAUCUGUCCCGGAGGCUGUAUCCAGUGUUAUUGUAGCUAAACAAGGUCACGGGUCAAUGGGAAUAAGCAAUUCAAUCGGAUCGAAUACUUUCGACAUCCUAUUGUGCUUGGGUUUGCCGUGGCUCAUCAAGGCAUCGCUAACACCAGCCGAACCAGGAAAUUACUGGGUGAAGAUCAACUCGAUGGGGUUGGAGUACUCGGCGAUCUCACUGCUGUCGACAUUGUUGAUGCUGUACCUCACUUUCUGGUUCAACAAGUUCAAGCUGGACGCGGCGGUGGGGCGCGCCUGCCUCGCCAUGUACGCCGUCUUCCUAGUGCUCGCCACGCUCAUCGAGCUCAAUGUCUUUUUCCCCGUCAACGUGCGCACGUGCAAGAGAACCGAACUCAAAUCCUAGGCUAGUGUCUGGACCUGUAAUGACCAAGUGCGAAUGGCGGUCGUGGUGCCUCUUGUAUAUUGUUAUGUUAUGUGUGUCGCUAACAAGAGUGUCUGAUGAGAAUCUGAUAUUAAGUAACAGUAGUUCGACUUUGCAUUACCUCCAUGAAUCUAUAGGCAAAGUUAAACGUGUAGCUAUGCUUUUUACCUGUAUGGCACAAGAGCGCAAACGCACUUCUAUUCGGUUGACUUCUUAUAUAACGAGAACAUUACAGUUUAUUUUUUAUUUUAGUAAAGACUAUGUGUACAAAUUGCACAUUUUGAACUCGCUCUAAUAGAUAUAAACAAAAAUUUAUUUAAACCUUAAUGAGAAGUUCUCAAAAAUCCAUCAUGAAUAGAUAUAAGUUCCGUGAAUCUCGAAAUACUAUUAAGGUAGGAUUAUUUUCCUCCUUGCUUUAUAAUAAAUAGUAAGUAAUAUUUUACGUUUGAUGAUAUCGUACUUUUUCACUUUGAACUUUUACUAAAAUAUCAAUA